AUGUCAGCAGCUGAGCAUAAUACCAACUGCAUCACUCUCCGGCCUGACAACCCGGUUCAUCACAAAAUCAUCGAGAAUGGCGACGUCAUCCUCGUUAUUGGCCGGGACAGGGUCAAAAUUCAGCUCUCUUCGUCUUUCCUGUGCCUCGUCUCCCCAGUAUUUAAGGCCAUGCUCACCUCGCCGAUGAUCGAAGGCCAAAGGCUCAAGGAAAGAGGUGACAAGCCUGUCGAAUACGUGCUGCUCGACGACUCUGCCGAGGCAGCUCUCCACGCCUUCAAAUCCCUCUACGGAUCAGACCCGCAAAUGCUCAAUCUCAGCCCGGACGAGAUCCUCCAAGUCGCUGUGUUCGUGGACAAGUGGGGUUUGGCUGAGCGAUUCCAGUUUGCGGCCAUGCACUGGACCAUGUCGCCCCGAGCAAACUCUUACAAGCCUUCUACUCGCGAUGACGCCUGGAAGCUGUUGUUAGCAUCAUAUUGGUUCAGAUAUGCCCCAGGAUUCUCCAAUCUGAGCUUUUGGAUGGUAGUAGAAUUGCCUGGGCAUUCGCUGUGCGAACAUGUCAACAAAAUGGAAGACAGGGAACUCGGGCUGUCCAUCGCGCUUGGAAUCGAAGAGUUGCGCAGGGUAAGGGUGAAUCGCAUUACAGAGACCGGUAAUGGGCUAUGUUUGCACUGCUUCCUGACGAAGCCGGACGACUUUAUCAUGAGGCAACCCAACUGUCCGAUUCCGCGCCAGCACAUACUGUGA